AUGGUGUAUCAUAGGUUGGACAGCGGCAGUUCGAGCUCUGCUGCCUUCCAACAGGAGUCCGAGGCUCCCAGAGACGCCGGAGAAGACUCGGGGGGACCACCAGGCGGACCUGAAGAGGGAGGGUCUUUUCCAGAACGACGGCAGUCAUGGGAAGGGAUGGAUGAUGAUAGGGGACCAGGAAAUUACAGAACAAGAGAAGGUCGAUACUCUGAACGUUCGAGGUCACGAAAUGGUAGAGAUGAGAGGUUUCCAAGGAGUGGAUUUAGAUCUAGAGACAAUCGUUAUUACAAUCGAUCACGUUCAAGGGACAGAAGGGGGGGCAAUGUAAGGGAGCGUGAAAGAAUUGAUGACAGGUUUUAUGACAGUCCUAAAUAUGUUGAUAGGCAAAGGUAUCGUGAAUCAUCACGCUACCACAGAGAAUCCAGGUCAGGUGAAGGAUAUGAAGAAAGUUCUCGAUACAUCGAAAAAUCGAGAUACUCGGAAGAGUCAAGGCAUUUUGAAGAUUCAAGAUACAAUGAUUCCAGAUAUCGUGAUGAUCAGAGAUGUUCAGAAGACAGUAGGGGCCCAGAUGAUCAGAGGUACUCUGAACAGAGAUUUCGUGAUGAUUCAAGGUUUGAUGAUAGGAGGUAUGGUGAAAAUUCAAGGUACGAUAAUGAGCCAAGGUACUCUGAGAAUUCAAGGCGUUAUGGCAGACACCGGGAAAAUAGUGGCGAUGAUUGGCACUCAGAAAACAGGUCACGUCACAGAGAGGAGAGGUACCGUGGUACGUCCAGGUACUCGGAUGAUGAAGCCAAGUAUGGAGAAAGCUCAGUUAGAUGGGACAAACCAGUUACGGCUUAUGGAGAAAUGGAGGAAGAGGAAGAUGAUGAUGAUGAAGAGGAAUCGAAAGGAGAUGUUGUUGAACCUCCAAGAAUUCAAAAUGUUUUCCAGAAUGAUGGCAGCUUUUUGGAAAUGUUUAAGAAGAUGCAAGAAGCCAAUAAACCACCAGAUGUUAAGGAAACUGAGGAGACAGGACAGAGUGCUGAGAGCAGUGUACCUGCUACAGCAAGUUCUCCAGAGACAACUGCACCAUCUGUUGGUUUGAAAAGACCAACUGCGUCCCUUGUUGGCAAACGCCGUGGUGGUAGAGUGCUCCCUACAGGAAUGGUGAAAAAAGUAAGGAAGGUGGAUGAAGUGGAAGAAGAACCACCAAAAGAUGCAUGGUCCCUUUAUAUGGCUGAAGUGCGCAAAUAUAAGGAAGCCUCGUGUGAAGAAGAGGGAAAAACAAGGCCACUUGUUAAAUAA